UAUAAGUUCCCCUCCUUCAUUCUCCCUCUCCCUGCCCCCAGAACUCUGAACUCCUGAAGCAAGGAACCAGUGAAGGAAUCGAGACGGAGGGUACGAAUCAUCCAUCAAAUCAAUCCAACUGAGCGCAACAUGAACGAGAAGGAGAAUAAGGGAGGUAAUAACGACGAGCCGAACAAAAAGUUUUCGAUAUGGGAUUUGCCCGACGUCCCAAUGGGCCAACUCCCGCCUCACCUCCAGCUUCAAAAGACUCGCGUUGUUUGCAAAGCAGAUGCGCCCAUUCACACUGAUAAUAUAUCUUACUCCGGUGCUUAUGCAUCUAUUGGGGUUGAUAAUAGUGUCCAUCUGGAUCUUUUUCGUGACAACUUCAAAGUUAACGUGAUCAGACUCACCAAGGAAGACAUGGAAUUUGAUAUGAUUGGUAUUGAUCCUGCACUGGCAAAUGCUUUUCGGAGGAUUCUAAUAUCCGAGGUACCUACAAUGGCAAUUGAAAAAGUUCUUAUUGCAUAUAAUACAUCGGUGGUUCAAGAUGAAGUGCUUGCUCACCGAUUGGGUCUCGUUCCACUCAAGGCAGACCCCAGGCUGUUUGAGUAUCUUUCAGCAAAUGAUACACCAAAUGAGAAAAACACUAUAGUUUUCAAGCUCCAUGCUACCUGUAAACGUGGCGAGCGCCGAACAGCAGUGUAUUCUGAAGAAUUGAAGUGGCUGCCGAAAGGGAGUGAGUUGAUAAAGGAAGCAGGCCAAGCAGAUUCAAAACCCACUACUUAUACUUCGUUUACUUGCAGUCAAGACAUGCUACCAGAAUUCUCAGAGGACCCAAUAAGUCCUUCAGAGGAUAAGAUCAUACUUGCUAAACUUGGCUCUAAACAGGAAAUUGAACUAGAAGCGCAUGCUGUUAAAGGCCUGGGUAAAACACAUGCAAAGUGGUCACCGGUAGCCACUGCUUGGUACCGUAUGCUUCCCGAGGUUCUAUUACUGGAAGAUGUAGAAGAUGAGGUUGCAGAGGAACUUGUGAGGAGAUGUCCUGAUAAAGUAUUUGACAUUGAAGACAUUGGUCACGGCAAGAAAAGGGCAACUGUGGCUAGGCCACGGGAUUGCAGACUGUGCCGGGAAUGUGUCAGGGGUGAAGGAUGGGAGGAGCGUGUGGAGUUGCGUCGCGUCAAAGAUCAUUUUAUAUUCACGGUUGAAUCAACCGGAGUAUUGCCACCAGAGGUGCUAUUUACAGAAGCUGUCAAAAUCUUGGAAGAGAAAUGCGAGCGUGUAAUUAGUGAGCUCUCUUGAUUCUCAUUUCCCCGUACAGAGUCCACAGAAGCAACAAAACAAGUGGAGGGUUGUAAAGUCCCUGGUGCUUGCUGCUUUAUGGUAAUGUUUAGGUAUGUACCACAGCAAAAUGGGGGUUAAGGUGGGAAAAGAAGAAGAAAGGAGAUUCCUUCACACUUCAAUCACUUUGGUCAUUGCGAUUGCAAUUCAGAGAAUGUUGUUAUGUACUGUCAGACUGAUGACUGCUAGGCCAUACAAUGACUCGGUGCGGAGAUCCAGUAGCAUUAAGAAUUUAAGACUGAUCCUGUGAUCCAAAUCAAUUGUGCUCUGUUAUGCUGCGCUGCAUAUUCUGUUUAUGUUGCCUUAAAUCCCCAUCAAUUUUAUGAAAAGGCGGCAGCGCAUGGUGUUGACAGGGUAAUUAAUACAAAC